CGCAGAAACAACUUUUUUGCUGCAAAAUGGCCACUGUCUUUCCUCCUCCCAGCAAGCGCCAAAAGCGCGAGGUUGCUGAAAGGGCACAGCAACAACAGGAAAUCCAAGCUAUCCCGGAAAACCUGGGAAACGUUCGAGUGCAAUUCUUCGACCAAGCUACCGGAAAACCCACUGGCCCCGCGGUCGCUGUACCUGUCGCCAAUGCAAAUGUGAAAAAUCUUGAGACACUGCUUAAUACGCUCCAGGGUAAUGAUGAGAAUGAGCGCGUGCCAUACAGGUUCACGUAUCGAUCGGACGAAAAAGACGAGCAGACGGUCGAUAUCCUCUCAGACCUAUACUCUUCCUUGCUGAAGCCUGGUCUAAAAACUACCGAAGAUAUCGUUCACCUUCACUAUACCCCGCAGGCUGUAUUUCGAGUAAAGGCUGUGUCGCGAUGUGCUUCCGCAAUCUCUGGUCACGGAGAAGCAAUUCUGGCGACACAAUUUUCUCCUAUCUCUUCGUCGACAAUGGUAUCUGGAAGCGGAGAUUCCACGGCUAGGAUAUGGGAUUGCGACACAGGAACUCCAAAGCAUACCCUGAAGGGUCACACUAGCUGGGUUCUAGCAGUCAGCUAUUCGCCUAAUGGCCUCAUGAUAGCCACUGGGAGCAUGGAUAAUACUGUGCGAUUGUGGGAUGCAAAGAACGGACAGUCAUUAGGGAACGCUCUUCGUGGCCACACGAAAUGGAUCACCAGUCUAGCGUGGGAACCCUACCAUUCGCAGGAACCAGGAAGGCCACGACUUGCAUCUGCUUCGAAAGAUUCGACAGUUCGCAUCUGGGAUGUAGUGACGAAGAAGAUCGAUACCCUUCUCACAGGUCACAAAGGAUCGGUGACGUGUGUCCGAUGGGGUGGUACAGGGAAGGUCUACACGGCGUCGCACGACAAGACUAUCAAAAUCUGGAAUCCUAAGGAUGGAAGCCUUAUCCAAACAUUAUCCGCGCAUGCUCAUCGCGUAAAUCACCUGGCCCUUUCUACCGAUUUCGUCCUACGCACUGCAUUCUAUGACCACACUGGCAAAGUCCCUCAAACAGAUGCUGAGAAAGUCAAAGUGGCUAAAGAGCGAUUCGAGAAAGCCGCGACGAUUGACAACAAGGUCACGGAGAAGCUUGUGUCUGCUAGUGACGACUUCACUAUGUUCCUUUGGGAUCCUGCGAAUUCGACCAAGCCCGUGGCUCGGUUACUUGGUCACCAGAAGGAAGUGAAUCAUGUCACUUUCUCGCCAGACAUGGCAUACAUCGCAUCUGCGGGUUUCGACAAUCAUGUCAAACUAUGGAAUGCUCGUGACGGCAAAUUCAUCACCACACUUCGCGGCCACGUCGGUGCCGUCUAUCAGUGCUGUUUCUCCGCUGACUCGCGUCUACUCGUAUCCUCCUCCAAGGACACCACGCUGAAAGUGUGGGACGUUCGCACCGGGAAAUUGUCCAUGGACCUCCCAGGUCACCAGGACGAAGUGUAUGCUGUCGACUGGAGCCCCGACGGAGAAAAGGUCGGCAGCGGUGGACGGGACAAGGCAGUUAGGAUAUGGAGACAUUAACGGUCUCGACGAUAUCAAAAUAUGGUUGAAAAAGUAUAUAGCAAAAUGACAAUAAUGAUACCCCGGGGUUCGGUGA